GAGUUCAAUAUGAUUUACAAUAAGGAAGGUAUGUAGCACCACGUCAAGUGAGAAACAGGAGUUUAAUAUGAUUUACAAUAAGGAAGGUAUGUAGCCACCACGUCACGUGAGAAACAGGAGUUUAAUAUGAUUUACAAUAAGGAAGGUAUGUAGCCACCACGUCACAUGAGAAACAGGAGUUUAAUAUGAUUUACAAUAAGGAAGGUAUGUAGCCACCACGUCACGUGAGAAACAGGAGUUUAAUAUGAUUUACAAUAAGGAAGGUAUGUAGCCACCACGUCACGUGAGAAACAGGAGUUUAAUAUGAUUUACAAUAAGGAAGGUAUGUAGCACCACGUCAAGUGAGAAACAGGAGUUUAAUAUGAUUUACAAUAAGGAAGGUAUGUAGCACCACGUCAAGUGAGAAACAGGAGUUUAAUAUGAUUUACAAUAAGGAAGGUAUGUAGCACCACGUCACGUGAGAAACAGGAGUUUAAUAUGAUUUACAAUAAGGAAGGUAUGUAGCACCACGUCACGUGAGAAACAGGAGUUUAAUAUGAUUUACAAUAAGGAAGUUUCACAAAGCAAAUGUCAAUGUGAUCAGAUGAUAAGCCUAACUCAACAACCAACUACUCAACGUGUGACGAAAAAAACAUUAAACUCUUCAAUUAUAAACCAAUCAUCCCAUGCAAAUAAGAAUAUGUCUGAAAAAGCUAUUCUUCCCAUCUUCACUUCUCUCAAAACACAGGCAGAUCAUGAUAAUUCAAAAACAACUUUAGAGUUUUCCACAACAGACAUACCAACAGUGACAAAAAUCGUUAUAGAGAAGAAAAAUAAUUGGAUAAACAUACCAAUUCUCGCGAUUAUAACAGGAGUGUCGUUUCUAAUUGGAAUAUUAACUUCUCUCGUAUUUUACCAGUUCUAUAGAAGAAAAUCAAAAUCUCAAAACGACGUCUUUGAUGGAUAUGAUAUAAACAAUCAAAGUUAUUAUCGUCGAAGACUCGAAUCCGGGAAUGCCAGUGCAACAUUAAUGGCUAAAAUUGGUGAUUAAAAUGUCAAAAAUGUCCAAUCACUUAACAAAGCAAUCUACUAAAAGAUAAAGACACAAAAUGUAGAUUUAAAAAAUGACGAUGGGCUUGAAAGAUUCCAACAAGAUUUUAUAUUAUUCUAUACUGUUUAUUAUAGAGGUUAAAUGUGAUUUCAACGAUUACAGUAUACAAUUAGUAAAACUUGUUAUGUAAAACAUAGUUUAUUAAAUUAUAGCCAAGUAUCAAUCAAGCUUUUAUGACUGGCAACCCACAACUGUUACAAUUGGCUGUAGUAAUUAAAAUGAACCUAUAAUUAGUAGAACCAAACUAUCAAAUGUUAUAACUUAAUUGGCUGAUUUGAUAAACAUGAAGGUGAAUAGUUUUAACCUGGGAGUAUUGUUCCUUGUUUGUAUAUGUUAAGUUUCCAUGUUAGUGUAGUCCUUAGAAGAAAUGCUGGUGUAGAUGUUGACCACAUCAGCGCUACUUAUAUGACAAAAACAAAACAACAGGCCUAUGAAAGGAGAUGAAGAUCGAAGAAAGCAUGAGUUCUUCUGCAAGACUGCAAGCUCACUGUCACUGUCGCUGACUGUCUCUGGACCUGAUCUUAAUUUGGGUGGGAACUAGAGUGGAAACAACGUCCAAGUGCAAUGAGAUAGAUCCAGAGUGCAAGCCUGAUUUACUCAGGGAAUUGUUCGGGCACAAAACCCACAUGCAAGACCAGCUAAGACCUAAUGCAAGUUGAAAAUGGCAAAGUUCUAAUUUAAAGCAAAUAAACAUACCAAAAAACAAAUAAGUCUUCUUCCCUUGUUUGUUUUCACUCUUCUAAACAUCUUUCAUUCUUAAAAAAGAAAAAUUAAUUUAAAUGUAAAAUAAUCAAAUUUGAAGGUUUUAAGUGCUAGUUAAAAGCAUAGAUAAGGAUGUGUAAUUAGAAUAUUCGAAUCUUAUUGAGAUGAAAUAGUUAUUCUAGAGUGGUAUAAGUUAGUUCCUACAGUAAAUAGUAAAACAGUAAUAGUAAAACUAUUGGCUUCGCAAUAAUAAAAAAACAACGAAAAAAACCUCCCUUGUUUCUAUUCACUCUUUAGCAUUUGAAAACCGGGUUUUCCUUUUCUUUUUGCUCAAAUACAUUAACUGCCUCAAUUAGGUUUUUGUAAAUAUCUUUAUUUUCCCAUUCAGGGAGAUAUUGCGAGAAAUUUUCAAAUAUAUCCGCCAUUUGUUUUGAAAACGUGAAAUUUUCUGUGACGUCAUUCCGUAUGUCCCUUACAGAUCAUGGCUCUCGACCAAUGAAAUCGCUCAAAUUCUUCUGGUAUUAAAUUAUACAUUCAACAUGGCUGAGAAGGAAAGGUUAAGUAUUUGGGAUUUUACAGAAGCUAAACUAAAAUGCGAAGAAAAGCAUUCCUGUUUUGUAGAGAUCGAAAGACAAGAACAUAUUUCUUUAUCUCCAUUUUACAUUGGACGCAUAAACCUUGGAGUUCAAGAACAAAUUGAAAAAAAAAUACGACAAUGGAAGUAUUUGGAAGAGUAUGGUGGUGUGAUAGUUGCUUAUGAGAACAUCAAGUUACUGGAGAGAUUAGCAACCAUCGACGACGAAUCACCAUUAAUACAUUUUGAUAUAAAAAUCAGUUAUAUUAUAUUCAAGCCAGAACUAGGUAAAAAGUUAGUGGGAAUUGUUAACAAGAUAAGCAAUAGUCAUGUCGGAUGUUUAGUACAUGGACGAUUUAACGCAUCAUUGAAGAAAUCUGAUUUAUAUCAAAAUGAUCGAAUUGAAAACAAAACAUUCAAUAUUGGAACUCAAUUUGUAUUUCGAAUAUGUGAUAUAAAUACCGUAGGUGGAUUGUUAUCUAUUGCUGGUUGUGUUAAAGAAAAAGAUAAGAAAUAUAUCAGGUUAACAUGUAAUUAAUGGUCAAUAUUUUGAAGCAAGUUAUUUAUGCUAAUAUUAGAUUUAUAUAUAAGAACUUUCAAGUCACUGUUUUUAUAUUUAGAUAUUUUGAAAUAGAUUUUUCAUGAAUGGGUGAAUUAAAUCAAGUUAAAACUUUAUGGGAAUACAUUAAUCUUACAUAAACAGUAAAAUACAUGUGAGAACAUUUAA